AUGGCGGAUUACCACGCAUCCCAAGCCGUCGAGGGGAACAGUCCCCCAUCGUCUCUGGGCAAUCAGGCCGUCGCCUCUCAAUCCGCCAGUGGCAAUCAAGCUGAUUUGCAAGCCAAUGGCAGCAUGCCAAAUGACGGCAGCGUUAUCGGCCCUCAGCCCGGCGUCGCGCACAACCAGGCCGCCGUCGUUGAGCCGCAAGCAGAUGUCCACAUUCACCCGGAUAUCCCUCCUCCGACCGAGGAUGUGAGGGCCGCCAUCAUCGCAUUGGCCACUUCGAAUCUCCCGGUUGAGGUCCAGGCAGUUGAUGUAGAAGUCGUGGAGGCCAUCAUCGCCGUCGUCGCCAGGCUCUUCCACGCUGAAAAUGGCCAAUGCCGCCAUCUUGACGAGGUCACAGGCGAACAGUGUACAGCCCGCAAGUGGAAGGUGGGUGCUCGGAAGUGUAUGAGCCACCUCCGAAACCGUCCUUCGGUGGCCAAGCAGGUCGAAAUCCUGUUUAGAACCCUUCAAGGCCACGGUACCUGCUCAGGCAAUUACGCCUGGAAGGAGACCGACGAUGGAACCCUGUGCGACGACUGCGCGGAGAAGAAUGCCCUCCGCCGGGAGAGAGCCCAGAUGUGAAUCUACCUGGGCUGGCUCCAGGAUAUUGUCGCGCUCCCCAUCCCCCCACCCACAGCGUUGCUGCUCCCAGCCAGGGAAUUCCGAAUGCGCCC